AUCAUCAUCAGGCAGUCGAAUUCUGUUUUGGAAUCUGGCUCAACUCUACAUUGUCCCAAGCUCACUUCUCUGGAAGUAGAAUUUCAUUUCUGACUGUCAUUUUAUCAGUCAGCCAUUUCAUUCAUUCGCCUAGAAAUUGGAUUCGCCUCCAAAUUCAGGGGAAACCAGCCUCUACGUUAGGAGUUAGUGCCUCAGCUCCUUACGGAUAACUAGCGUCGAUUAGUCUGCGCUAUACAGGAAACGACAGCUCGAACUAGUUUUUCAAAGUUACGAUUCUGCACUAGUGAGCUGCGUUCUCGGCUGAAAUGGCCCAGCAGGUUGUCAGGCACUUAGGCCGUCACAUCAGGAGGGCUUGCCAGGCUAACGCCGUGCACCCCGUUAGCAGUCCCUGGACUGCGAUUGCUCGGCGCGGUUAUGCGGCGACCAAUGACGAAGCCUAUGCCUGGAUUGAGAAGUCCAAGGGCCGCUCCGACGUCUCUUGGCCUGCUGCCCUUAACACGCCUCUUAAAAACAUCGACCCCGAAAUCUACGACAUCAUCGAGCACGAGAAGAACCGUCAAUGGAAGGGCCUGGAGCUGAUUCCGUCGGAGAAUUUCACGUCGCAGUCGGUGAUGGAGGCCGUGGGCUCCGUCAUGACCAACAAGUACAGCGAGGGCUAUCCCGGCGCUCGCUACUAUGGCGGCAACGAGUUCAUCGAUAUGGCUGAGACGCUCUGCCAGAAGCGCGCGCUGGAGGCAUUCCGGCUGGACCCCGCCAAGUGGGGAGUGAAUGUGCAGCCCUUGUCCGGCUCGCCCGCCAACUUCCAAGUGUACACGGCGCUGCUGAAGCCGCACGAGCGCAUCAUGGCGCUGGAUCUGCCGCACGGCGGCCACCUGUCGCACGGCUACCAGACGGACACCAAGAAGAUCUCCGCCGUCUCCAUCUACUUCGAAACCAUGCCGUACAGGCUCGACGAGACCACCGGGCUCAUUGACUACGACACGAUGGAGAAGACCGCCAAGCUUUUCCGCCCGAAGCUCAUUGUGGCGGGCGCCAGUGCGUACUCGCGCAACUACGACUACCAGCGCAUGCGCAAGGUCGCGGACCAGCAGCGCGCCAUCCUCCUUGCUGACAUGGCACACAUCAGUGGCCUCGUGGCAGCAGGAGUGGUGCCGUCGCCGUUUGACUUUGCCGACGUGGUCACAACCACCACUCACAAGUCCCUGCGUGGGCCACGUGGCGCAAUGAUCUUCUACCGCAAGGGAGUCAAGGAGACGGACAAGAACGGAAAGGAGAUCCUGUACGACUUUGAGGACAAGAUCAACUUCGCUGUAUUCCCAGGCCACCAGGGCGGCCCUCACAACCACACCAUCACCGGUCUCGCAGUUGCCCUCAAGCAGGUAGCCUCGGAGGACUUCAAGCGGUACCAGCAGCAGGUCAUGGCCAACUCCGCCCGCUUCGCCAAGGCCCUUCAAGAUCGCGGGUACGACCUGGUGUCAGGCGGCACAGACAACCAUCUCGUGCUCGUCAACCUUAAGAACAAGGGAGUGGACGGCUCUCGAGUGGAGCGAGUGAUGGAGCUGGCUCACAUCGCAGCCAACAAGAACACUGUGCCGGGCGAUGUCUCCGCCAUGGUGCCUGGCGGUGUGAGAAUGGGAACCCCUGCCCUCACCUCACGAGGCUUCACAGAGGAGGACUUUGAGAAGGUGGCUGAGUUCUUCGAUGAGGCAGUCAAGAUUGCCGUGGAUGCCAAGGCCCUCUCAGGACCUAAGCUGAAGGAUUUCCGUUCCACUGUGGAGACGAAUGACAAGAUCAAGGAGGCUAUUGCGGUGUUGAAGCAUAAGGUGGAGGAGUAUGCUAAGCAGUUCCCCACGAUUGGCUUCGAGAAAGCCACCAUGCGCUACACCUCAUAGUACUGCCCAUUGUUGCUAAGGGGGGUUUUGGUUUCUCCCCCCACCCUUCUGCCUGCCUACAUACAUCCUGUUCUUAUGCAAACAUGUUUUUCUUUUUGUUCAAAUUUAAAAUGUAAAGAAUUGUCGCCAUUGAACCCC